AUGACUGCACGACCAGCCCAGGACCGCAUUGCCUCCCACGGCCGUGGCGGAGCAGGCAACAUUGCGCCAGAUGUCAACACAGCCUACACGAAGCCUGAGGACCUAGUCACUCCCACCAUCAAGUCGAACACAUACACCACCGGUCGCGGUGGACAGGGCAACAUGGCGAAGAACGACAACCCAGACAACGCUCGUCUGGCCCAGGAUGUCAAUGGCCCCGUCCAAAUAUCCGAACCCAAGGGAGCCGUGCAUUAUGGACGAGGCGGCGCUGCGAACAUCAUCACCGACAAGGAGCGCAUGAGCGGCGAGGCCAAGCGCAGCGACUCUGACGCUUCUACUGAGCAAGGCCUCAUGUCCAAGGUCAGGGGCUUCUUCAAGUGA